AACCGAUUAUCACCUCCCACCCUCCGUGUAUGCUCAUUGGCUCGACUGUACACGCUCUACUACCGCAACGCAUCUUUGCCACUUCAUCGCCGCUCCUUUUCAGUGCCACCAACACAACUUGCUUCGCCCCUCGCCGCCUCGUCACCACGAUGAGCGCGCCCACCACACAGGACUCGCGCUUCGCGACGACGUCCAAGUUCGGCGACUGGCCUGCAAAGAAGGUCCGCAGUCAAUUCAUGUCUUACUUCCAGCAGCAACAUGCCCAUUCCUUCGUUCCCUCCUCGUCUUGCAUCCCCUACGACGACCCGACUCUCCUCUUUGCCAAUGCGGGAAUGAACCAGUACAAGAGCAUCUUCCUCGGCACCGUUGACCCUUCGACUAGCUUUGCGCAGCUCAAGAGGGCUGCAAAUAGUCAGAAGUGCAUUCGUGCGGGAGGCAAGCACAAUGAUCUGGAUGAUGUGGGCAAGGACACUUAUCAUCACACUUUCUUCGAGAUGCUGGGCAAUUGGUCCUUCGGCGACUACUUUAAGCAAGAAGCGAUUCCCAUGGCCUGGAAUUUGCUCACAAAGACGUACGGCCUCCCUGCUGACCGACUCUACGUCACUUAUUUCGAGGGCGACGCCAAGGCCGGCCUGGAGCCGGAUAAUGAGGCGAGGGAUAUCUGGCUCAAGGUCGGCGUGCCGGAGGAUCACAUCUUGACGGGCAAUGCGAAGGACAAUUUCUGGGAGAUGGGAGCUACGGGACCUUGCGGACCUUGCAGCGAGAUUCAUUACGACCGCAUUGGCGGACGCAAUGCUUCGCACCUUGUCAACCAAGACGACCCUGACGUUCUGGAGAUUUGGAACAACGUCUUCAUGCAAUUCAACCGUGAAGAAGACGGCUCCCUCCGCCCUCUGCCCAACAAGCACAUCGAUACCGGCAUGGGCUUCGAGCGUCUCGUCUCCGUCCUCCAGGACAAGCGCUCCAACUACGACACCGACGUCUUUGAGCCAUUGUUCGCCAAGAUCCAAGAAAUGACCAAGGCGCGCCCCUACGAGGGCAAGCUGGGCAAGGAGGACGCCGAUGGCAUUGACACGGCUUACCGCGUUGUUGCAGACCAUGUUCGCACGCUCACAUUCGCAAUGACUGACGGUGGGGUGCCGGACAAGGAUGGGCGCGGCUACGUGCUUCGUCGUAUCUUGAGGAGGGGUACGCGCUACGUUCGCAAAUACUUCCAGGUCCCCAUCGGCGACUUCUUCGCACGAUUGGUGCCCGUCGUCGUCGAGCAGAUGGGCGACUUCUUCCCUGAGCUCAACAAGAGGGUAGAGGAUAUUCAGGCUAUCCUCAAAGAGGAGGAGGAGUCCUUCUCCCGUACGCUGGACAGGGGAGAGAAGCUGUUCGAGCAAUUUGCUGCUAAGGCUAUUGAGGCAAAGCAGACUAGCUUGAGCGGAGAGGAUGUCUGGAGGCUGUAUGACACGUACGGCUUCCCCGUUGACUUGACGCUCAUCAUGGCAGAGGAGAAGGGCCUCGGCGUCAACGACGAAGAGUUUGAGAAGGCUCGCAUCGCCAGCUACGAGGCGAGCAAGGGCGUUGGCAAGAAGCAAGAGGAAGGCAUGCCCCGCCUUGAUGUGCACGACCUUGGCGCCCUUGAGAAGAUGGACUCGGUUCCGAAGACAGACGACUCGGCCAAGUACGGCAAGGGCGACGUCAAGGCGGUAGUCAAGGCCAUCUACCAGAACAAGGGCUUCCACCCAUCCUCUGACGGGCCCAACCUCGACACCAGCAAGCCCGUCGGGCUCCUUCUCGACCGAACGAACUUUUACGCCGAGUCAGGUGGGCAGCAGGCCGAUCAGGGCAGCAUUGUCAUCGAUGGUCAGGCGGACUUUGAGGUCGUGGACGUGCAGGUCUUCAACGGCUACGUCCUUCACUCCGGCUGGUUCAAGUAUGGAUCGCUGAAAGUCGGCGACGAGGUCGUCGCAGGCUACGACGAGCUGCGUCGAUGGCCUCUCCGCAACAACCACACCGCGACGCACAUUCUCAACUAUGCGCUUCGCGAGGUCCUUGGAGACCACAUCGACCAAAAGGGCUCGCUUGUUGCACCGACAAAGCUGCGCUUCGACUUCUCCCACAAGUCCGGGGUUUCCGUCCCCGAGAUGAGCAAGAUUGAGGCCAUCUCCCUCGAUUGGAUCAAGCGCAACGUGCCCGUCUACGCAAAGGAGAUGCCCCUCGAGGUCGCCCAGAAGAUCCCUGGGCUCCGCGCCGUCUUCGGCGAGUCGUACCCGGACCCUGUGCGCGUCGUGGUGCUCGAGUUCGACCCGAACGACAUUGAGAAAGACAUCGAGAAUCAGAAGUGGGCCAAGAGCAGUAUCGAAUUCUGUGGAGGCACCCACGUCGAGAAGACGGGUGAUAUUGCCCACUUUGUCGUCGUUGAGGAGGGAGGCAUCGCCAAGGGAAUCCGUCGCAUCGUAGCCGUCACGGGCGAAGAGGCUGCCGCCGUCACUCGAGUAGCGGACGAGGCUUCUGCUAAGCUGGCCUCGGUUGUUGCCAUCCAGAACAAGAGGGAGAAGGACACGGCACUCAAGGCCUUCAGCUCGGAGCUUGCCAACCUCGAGAUCUCCGUUCUUCGCAAGGCGAAGUUGAACGACGACUUCAACAAGGCCCGUAAGGCACACGACGCCGAGAUGAAGAAGGUGGAGAAGGAGCAGGCUACCCUCGUCACCAAGGCUGUCGAGGCGCAGUUUGCGCCUGGUGGUCCUGGAGAGGGCAAGGGCUACUGGAUCGCUAAGCUCGAUGUUGGUGCUAAUGCCAACGCUCUUCGCGCGGGAGCGGUUGCGGCGAAGAACCUGGGCAAGGCCGUCUACCUCUUCAGCGAGGAACCUCUGCCUGGCCACCCAGUGGUUGCUGACGGUGCCGCGGUGAAGGCCAAGGUGCCCCACGUCAACUUUGUGCCCAAGCAUGACCUUGACAAAGGACUGGAUGCGAGGGAGUGGGCCGAUUUGGUCACACAUUCGAUUGGCGGCCGAGGCGGUGGCAAGCCGGAUGGCGCCCAGGGUGUUGGUGAGGAUGGUGGGCCCGCGAUCGAUGAUGCGAUUGCGGCUGCGGAGCGCUUCUACUUGAUGAAGACGACGGAGAGUGGGAUGCCGAGGCAGUAAGCGGGGCUUCGCGCUACG